AUGGCGACAUCUCAAUCGUCGAUCCUCGCCUUCAUCAGGCACCCUUUCGUUCAGACUUUUACCUGGCUGUAUAUCAUCCUGCAAUAUGUACUGAGAUUGGUCUUUUCACCGGCUCCUCCCCCUCCGACUGCAAAGAAAUCCAAGCUUCCCCGAAAGAGGGUUGCUGUCAUCGGUGCAGGUCUGACGGGUGUCUCGUCUGCAGCACAUUGUGUGGGCCAUGGCUUUGAUGUGCAGAUCUUCGAGUCUAGAUCAAAAGAUCGAGGCUUGGGAGGUAUCUGGAGCCGGGUCAAUUCCACCUCAGCCCUGCAGGUCCACAGCUUGAUGUACCGAUUCCACCCCUCAGUGCACUACGACAGUGCCUACCCCACCCAGCAGCAAAUCAAGGAGCAGAUUGUCGAGCUAUGGAAGCGCUACGACCUCGAAAGACGCACAGUGUUCGACACUCGAGUCACCUCGGUAAAAAAGACCGAGGAUGGACAAUGGAUUAUCAACAAUGACGAAGAGAGAUAUGGCCGAUUUGAUGGCGUGCUCACCGCUGUCGGUGUGUGUGGAGAUCCUCAGACGCCUACCUUGCCGGACCAGGACAAGUUCAAGGGUCAGAUCUUUCACUCGUCAAACUUGGAUGGCAAAGAUGCCAAGGGCAAGAAGAUCUUGAUUGUCGGUGGUGGUGCCAGUGCAAUCGAAGCUCUAGAGUUUGCAGUCAAGUCUGGUGCCGCAGAAAUCGACGUCCUGUCGCGCUCUGACAAAUGGAUUAUCCCCCGAAACGUGUUGGUUCAAUCCUUGUUGGCCUUCAAUAUCUUCGGCCAGGAGACUUCGCUCUCCUGGGUUCCGGAGGGCUGCUUCGCAAAUAUUGCUCCAACUGAUGAUGGGAUUUUCACCCAAACUCCCAUGGCCAACUCGGAACUAUUCAAUCAGAUCCGCGAAGGUAAAGCCCACUGGCUUCGAGGCGAUAUCGUCUCCAUGGAAGAGAAUGGGGUGGUGUUCAACCAUAGAGCCAAGGGUGUUCCCAAAGGCGGCCCAGGCAAGGAGCGUCUGGUCGAGGGCGACAUUAUUGUUAUGGCCACCGGGUUCAAGCGACCCUCCUUGAAUUUCCUUCCCGAUGAAGUCUUCGAAGAGCCAUACAGUCCCCCAGACUGGUAUCUCCAGGUCUUCCCACCCAAGUACCCCGAUAUCUGCGCCAACAAUAGCACCUACAUCAAUGCGAUCGGUACGGUUGGCAACAUGCACAUCGGCAUCUACACACGCUUCCUCAUUAUGUUCUUGACCGAUCCCUUGACUCGUCCUACGGAGCAGCGAAUGAAGACUUGGAUUGAUUUUACGCGAUUGAUGAAGCGGUUCGCUCCUACUAAAGCUUUUGACUUCUUCACCUAUGCCGAGCUCAUCUACUGGUACAUCUUUGUCUUGCUCAUCAAUCCGUUCCGAUGGAAGUGGGCCCUAUUCGUGUUCUUUGGUCUUGGGCGAGCCUUGCCAUUGAUGGUGGUGGAGCAGGAGGAGCUUUUCCGCAAAGAACUACAAAAGCAGCAUAAAAUUGACAAGGCUGAGUAA